AUGCCGGUUGCGGACAUGUUGGUAGACGCAGUUGCAGGGCACGAAUUGUUGUCUUUCAUGGAUGGCACAGCGGGAUAUCACCAGAUUCCGGUCGCGGAGGAAGAUAGACACAAGACCGCAUUCCGCUGCCCUGGGUUUGCAGGAGUUUUCGAAUAUGUGGUCAUGCCUUUUGGACUGAAGAAUGCCAGAGCAACAAAAGUUUUCGAGCGCAUGCAGCUACACAAGCUUAAGAUGAAUCCCGCCAAGUGUGUUUUUGGAGUUCAGGCAGGAGAUUUCCUGGGAUUCAUUGUCCAUCAAAGAGGCAUUGAGGUCCCUGAGGAUAAAGCAAACGCGGUCAUCAAUGCAUCUCCCCCGCGAACGAAGAAAGAAUUACAGCGACUAUUGGGUAGGAUCAACUUUUUGCGACGAUUCAUUUCUAACUCUUCAGGCAAAAUCCAUCCGUUUUCCCCACUGUUGAAGUUGCAAGGACAGAACGAGUUUGUGUGGGAACCUAAACACCAAGAGGCUUUCAACAAAAUCAAGGCCUAUCUGGCAAGCCCGCCAGUGCUUGUUCCUCCUAGAGCAGGAUUUCCAUUAAAGUUGUAUGUUUCAGCAGCUGAGGCUUCCAUUGGCAGCCUUCUCGCUCAGGAUGAUGAAAAUGGUGUUGAACAUGCCAUCUUUUACCUCAUCAAAUAUAUGCUAUCACGACCUAUCUUGAGAGGCCGUAUUGGCAAGUGGGUGCUCGCCCUAUCAGAAUUCUCACUACAGUAUGUGCCACAAAAAGCAGUAAAGGGGCAAGCCAUCGCAGACUUUCUGGCACAUCACCCUAUGCUGGAUGUCCCCGCGGUUAGAGAUUUAGAGGUCGCUGCCACAACUUUAGAUCGCCUGGAUUUAGCGUGCUUGCCAGAGUACGCCACGCUUUAUCAAGCCAUAGUCUCACUCCAGCCUUGGGUGUUAUAUUUUGACGGGUCAAGAACAGAUACGCUAGCAGGAGCAGGGGUUGUCUUGGAAAACCCGGCCGACGAUCAAUUUUCCUACUCUUUCCAGUUGGAGUUCCGGUGUACCAAUAACCAAGCAGAGUAUGAGGCCCUCAUUAUAGGCCUAGACGUACUACUGGAAAUGGAAAUCAGAGAUGUACAAAUACUUGGCGAUUCUCUCUUGGUUAUCAAUCAGUUGUGCAACGAGUUCAGAUGCAAUAGCUUCACGUUGGUUCCUUAUUGGAACAGGGCAUUAGACUUGUUGGACCAGUUUGAUAACAUGCAUCUUGAGCACAUUCCUCGUGACCGAAAUUUUGCAGCAAACGAGUUGGCCCAGCUGGCAACAGGGGUAACAUUGAUAUGUGGCGUGCGGGAGAGAAUCCUUAAAGUCGAGCGUCGCACGCUUCCUUCAUGGAUGGCGAGAAGAGAUCCUCCAGAUGAUACCUCAGUCACAACCCUGGAACCCAUUGACGUAGAUUGGCGCAUCCCUUUGAUCGCUUAUCUCAAGCAGCCAGAUCCCACUGCCGACAGGAAGAUUCGUUUUCUUGCACUAAAUUACUUUCUUAGAGGUGACGAGCUGCGACGACAUGGAAAAGAUGGCAUAGACUUCAGAUGUAUUUAUGGUUGCGAAGCGAAACAACUCAUGCACGAAGUUCAUUCCGGCAUUUGCGGUGCUCACCAAGCAGGUCCAAAGAUGUGA